AUGUCAACUCCAUCUACAUCCACACAAGUCGUGCUUAAAACCAACCCACCAGGUUUUGUCAACCCCAAGAUUGGCGAGUCUGAUUCCACUUUCGAAAUCAAGCAACGUCCAAUUGAACCAUUGAAGGAUGGCCAAUUAUUGGUAAAGAUCUUGUAUCUCUCAAAUGACCCAACUCAAAGAGGUUGGAUCAGACCUAAGGAUGCUAGCUUCAGAUACUAUGUCCCACCAGUUGCUAUUGGUGCUCCAAUGGAAUCCUUGGCCAUUGCCGAAGUUAUUGAGAGUAAAUCCAGCAAAUACUCCAAGGGUGACAUUGUCAACGGUAAAUUCUACUGGGCCGACUACAUCACCGUAUCUGAACAAAAUGUUGUCAACAAGAUUGACAAGUCUUUGGGUUUCCCAUUGGAAUUCUAUCUUUCCGUGUUGGGUAUGACUUCAUUGACAGCUCUCUUUGGAUUGACCGAAGCCGGUGAAAUGAAGAAAUUUUUGUCUGAAAAGCCAGAAAAGCCAUACACAUUAUUGGUCUCUGCUGCUUCUGGUGCUACUGGUUCCGUUGUGGUUCAAAUUGCCAAACAUGUUUUGGGUGCCAGCAAGGUUAUUGGUAUUUCAGGAUCUGAGGAGAAGUGCAGAUGGGUUGAAAGCUUGGGUGCUGAUUUAUGUGUCAACUACAAGAGUGACAACUACCAAAAGGAAAUUGAUGAAUUCCUUGGCGAUGGUUUGGUUGACUACUACUUUGAUAACGUCGGUGGUUCAAUUUUGGACUAUGCUUUGACCAAGAUGAACAAGUUUGGUCACGUCAUCUCAUGUGGUUCAAUUUCAACUUACAACUCCAAAGGAGACGGCUCAUUCUCGGGUGUCAAGAGCUGGGGAGAAAUUACCGUCAACUCGUUGACCAUCAAGGGGUUCAUUGUCACUGACUUCCUCCCAAAGUUUGCUGAAGGAGCUCAGAUUUUAGGUAAAGCUGUCAAGGAAGGCAAGAUCAAGGCUCAAGGUGCUUACCACGUAGACACUUUGUCUGGUGACAGCCCAGAAAAGAAAUUGGAAGGAAUUCCACAAAUCUGGAAUCAAUUGUUUGUUGGUGAAAAGCCAAAUGGAAAAUUGAUCACCAAGGUAGCUUAA